GACGACUUUUGAGCAGUCUCCCUUUUCUUCUCCUUAUAUGCCAGUACAAAACGUGCGAAUCUUCUAUCUCAUUGUCGCAUAUACCCCAUAGUGCAGGGCCCCUCCUGAUGGCGACCAAGUGCGUUCACAAAGGCUGCGGAAAGGUCUUUACUGAUCCGGAAGAGGAUUGUAUCUAUCAUCCGGGGCCACCAGUCUUCCACGAGGGUCAAAAGGGCUGGAAAUGCUGCAAACCCCGCGUUCUCACCUUUGACGAGUUCCUGAACAUCCCACCUUGCACAACCGGCAAACAUUCCACGAUUGACGAUACACCGAAAGAGGGACCCAAAGAGAUCGAUAGCGCUGCAUUAGCCAACCUUGUCAGUGAACAAUCGGUUCCUGUGACGACGCCGAUUUCUGCCGCCGCCGCUGCUCUUCCGACACCUACACCCAACACAGCAUCUGCGCCUCCACCGGAGCCUGAUUCUGACGACCCUUCACUCUCGAUUCCUGCGAAUGCCACUUGCCGGCGCAGAGGUUGCAAUGCCACUUACAACCCGGAUAUCUCACGCGACAAUGAAACAUGCGCACACCAUCCUGGCCAACCAAUCUUUCACGAAGGUAGUAAAGGCUGGUCGUGCUGCAAGAGGAGGGUCCUUGAAUUCGAUGAGUUUAUGAAGAUUCCUGGCUGCACGGAAAAGAAGAGACAUUUAUUUGUUGGUAAGGGAAAGGCCGCGGGAGAGGAGAAGGUGGAGGAUGUUCGAACCGAUUUCUAUCAAACAGCCACCACAGUCAACGCAUCACUAUACUUGAAAAAGAUCGAUAAGGAGAAAGCCAAUGUCACAUUUACAUCAAACACAGUCGACUUCGACCUUCCAACCACUGACAACAAACGAUUUACAAAAACAUUCAAUCUUUUCGGCCCCAUCGAUCCAGAGGCAUCGUCAUAUAAUAUCUUUGGCACUAAGAUGGAUAUCAAAUUAGUGAAGAAGGAUGGUCAGAGUUGGCCAGUGCUGCGCAGUGAUGAUAAAUGGACGGGUGAGCGGAUUCAGAUUGGCAAGGCUGGUCGUGUUGCUUAGAAUUGAUCGGCCAAGCCGGGUUCAAGUUUGGUAAGAUGUAUACAGUACACAGAAUGUACUAGAAGAAGACAAUUGGGUUUACAUUAUAUGGAUUAUGAUCCUGGGGCAUUUGAGGAGUUUUAUCGUUUUUGACUUUGAAGGUGGGAAUAAUAGCAAAUAUCAUUGGAACAUUUAGU